AUGGCUGACGACACGGGCUUGGCCCUGCUGCCAAAAGACCUCUUAGAGCUCCAGCUCGGCCAGAUAGACCUGCUCAUGGCCAUAAGGCAGCAUACCGAAAUUGACGAGCAGGCACGUCUCCUGACGCUGGACCUAGAGGUGGAGGACGCGGUUGGGGAACCGAAACCGCUGACUCUUACCCUAUCCGUUCCCAUGGUGGCGGAAUUGCCGGUGACCGACCCGCCUGCGGUCAAGACGAGGGUACACCAACCAGCCUGGAUGAGUAAGAGCGAGGCAGCCCAAAUGACCGCCCAGCUUCCGGACGAAGAUAUUCUUUCCGUCAUCGAACACGUAAAAGACGAGGCAUCCCAGCACCUCGCCAGAUUGGCAGAGAAAGCAGCGGCACGCAACGCGGGAACGACCGAAGAGCCGAUAGUCCGCGCUUGGUUUUAUUUCCCGUCGAUCAGCACGCGCGAGAAGCGAGACGACUUGGUGAACCAUUCCAGCUCCUACGGCUUGACGGGCUUCUUGCUCGCCGGCAAGCCCGGAAUAUUAUGCCUCGAGGGAGGAUCGGAGGCGAUUGACGACUUCAUGAAGUUUAUCAAAACGGAGAGCUGGGGCGACAUCCCGCCCCAGCACAAGAAAGUGAGUGAACGUUACAGGGAGCGGUCGGUGGAUUUGGUGCGCGCCUUUAGAGACAUGCAGGAGAUUACGGAUAUGGUUGGCGAAAAGCGCGGGGAGAGGGCGAACCGGAGCGACAUGAGAGCCUUGAAAGCAUGGCUCGACGAGCGAGGGCUAGGAGAGGCUUUGGAGAAGAUCUUGAUGUAA